UAUUGUUUGCAUUGUGGUUUUAGUCUCAUAAUAUUAAUUAACGCACAUGUAUACCUAACGUACUUGUUUACUAAUGCUAAUUCAAAUAACUAAGUGCAAUGAGCCGAAUAAACAAACACACCCUAAUUCGAUUAGAAAGAACCUAUAAGAACUAAGUGCAACUGAAAUUAUUUGUGAUAGCUAAGCACAGCGCCUUCCACUAAACAAGACCAAUAUCCCAACAAUGGAGACAAUGCAUUAUAGUGGAUACUCAAUUGGGCCACGUUUUAUGGCCCUAUCGAAUGGAUCUGUCACCGACAAAGUUACACCCGAUAUGGCACAUCUUGUCCAUCCAUAUUGGAAUCAAUUCCCACCCAUGGACCCAUUUUGGAAUAAGGCUCUUGGUGCCUUUUUGACACUAAUGGGAAUAUUAUCAUUCUGUGGCAAUGGCAUUGUUGUCUAUAUAUUCUCAACGACAAAAUCCUUGAAAACUCCAGCCAAUUUGUUAGUUUUGAAUCUGGCAUUCUCGGAUUUUAGUAUGAUGCUGACCAAUUGUCCAAUGAUGUGCAUUAAUUUGUUCUUCGAAACAUGGAUAUUGGGACCAAUGAUGUGCGAUGUUUAUGCACUUUGUGGAUCAAUGUUUGGAAAUGUUUCGAUUUGGAGCAUGACUAUGAUAGCCAUGGACCGAUAUGAAGUCAUUGUCAAAGGUGUUAGCGGACGUCCAAUGACAAUUAAGCUAGCAAUGAUCAAAAUCAUAAUGAUUUGGACAUUUGCCGCGUUUUGGACAGCAGGUCCUAUGAUUGGAUGGAGCAGAUACGUUCCCGAAGGAAAUUUGACUUCAUGUGGCAUUGAAUACCUUGAACGUGACUGGAAUCCUCGAUCAUAUUUGAUUGGCUAUUCUCUCUUCGUCUAUUACUUGCCAAUUUUCAUGAUCUGCCAUUCUUAUUGGUUCAUCAUUGCGGCUGUUGCAGCUCACGAAAAAGCCAUGCGUGAACAAGCCAAGAAAAUGAAUGUCAAAUCAUUGCGAUCAUCUGAGGAUUGCGACAAGAGCGCUGAAGCUAAGCUAGCCAAAGUAGCUUUGACAACAAUUUCACUGUGGAUCGUUUCAUGGACACCAUACCUCAUUAUUAACUGCAUGGGGCUAUUCAAAUUUGAAGGCAUUACUCCGCUUUUAACAAUUUGGGGUGCAACAUUUGCAAAAUCAAGUUCUUGCGUCAAUCCGAUUGUCUACGGAAUCAGCCAUCCAAAGUAUCGUAUUGCCCUCAAAGAGAAAUGUCCAUGUCUAGUAUGUGGAUCAACAGAAGAACCCAAGCCUAAUGACGCAGCUUCACAAGGAACAACUGGAGAAGCAGAAUCAAAGGCUUAAAUUUAAAAUAACUAACAAAAAACAAAACAAAAAAAACUUUUAUACGAGUACGCAUCAUUCUUACGAUAAGGUUAAAUAUAAGUAAUUGCAUUGACAUCUUA